AUGUCUUCUUCUUCGGUUUGUUUGUAUUACAUAAGCGGAUCAUGCCGAUUCGGCAACAAUUGCUGGAACUUGCACGAUUACACGUCCAUCAUGUCUUCUUCUUCGGUUUGUUUGUAUUACAUAAGAGGAUCAUGCCGAUUCGGCAACAAUUGCUGGAACUUGCACGAUCUAGGAAUCGUCCGCACCUACAGUCCGUACAAUAUGGUCGAGACGUAUACCUCGGCUGAGGAAAUCAACUUUGUUGUUGGAGCAAGAAGAGAAACUACUCUGAUGACUGCUUCACCAAAUAGAAGUAAUUAUAGACCUAGACAAAGAAAUCAUGUUCUUCUUGCUUCAGCAAAUAAGUCAUUGGAAACUCACGAAACUGCAUCAUCUGCAUCCCAAGAUAAAUGGUGCUUAAAAAAUAUUAAUACUGGGGAGGCAAGAACAGGUUCACCCGAUAGUGUGCUCGUAGAAACUGUAAAAAAAUUAAAUGAAGCUGACAAUUUGGUAGUAUCACUUCGUAAACAGUUGCGUGUUAAGAAUGAGGAAGACAAUUUCUCUUGGGUUGAACAUCAAAUGAAACAAUGCCUUGAAAGUGAUCUACAAUGUAAUAUAUGCUAUGAAAUGUUCAUCAAGCCAACUGUGCUUAAUUGUUCUCAUACAUUUUGUCAUGAAUGCAUUCAGUCAUGGACCCGAAGAGUUAAUCACUGCCCAACAUGUCAAGCUUAUGUAAAAAAUAAAUCAUACUGUAUAACUUUAGACACUUAUUUGGACAAAAUAGCUGACUGUUUACCAGAUGAAAUAAAAACAAGGCGGGAAACUUUAAAAGUCAAACGCAACCUAUGA